UCCGAUACUUUUCACAGCUCCGCUCUAAUUCACUUAUUCCACAUUUCGCCUAAUCACAUUACUUUUUGUCCUAUCAAUCGAAAUCAAGAGAACUUCAACCACAAGUUAAUCUAAAAUGCCGGACGCAGUGCAACAGUGUUUCGUAAGGAGCUUCAUCGACUACCUGAAGAAGCAGUUGGACGCCAUGUCUCCGGACCAAAGUGAGAGCAUCGAGGUGGCGAUUCAGUGCCUGCAGGCGGCCUUCGACGUGGGCGAUGAUGUGGAUGAUACGGCGCAGGACGCCGCUGGCCAGGAACAGGCCACAUCACAGAGCAGCACAUCGAGUGCCCCCGGCGGCGAUGCGUUAGCCAGCGGGAGCGGUCCCCCAAAAAACAUCGACAUGUUCGAGCUCUUCCAGUCGCUGUAUAUCGAACGCAAUCCGGAAUCCCUGGCCCUGGCCGAUAACAUUAAGAACGAGGGCAACCGGCUGAUGAAGGAGUGCAAGUAUAACGAGGCGCUGUUGCAGUACAACCGGGCCAUUGCCUUUGAUCCCAAGAACCCGAUCUUCUACUGCAACCGGGCGGCAGCCCACAUCCGACUGGGCGACAACGAAAGGGCCGUCACCGAUUGCAAAUCAGCCUUGCUGUACAACACCAACUACAGCAAGGCGUACUGCCGCCUAGGCGUGGCUUACUCCAACAUGGGCAAGUUCGCUGAGGCGGAGCAGGCGUACGCUAAGGCCAUCGAGCUGGAGCCGGACAAUCCGGACUACAGGAACAACAUGGAGGUGGCCAGGAACGCAAGGAAUCAGCCGCCACAGUUGUCGCAUUUGACAGACGGUCUAAACGCAAUGCUGGCCAAUCCCACGGUUAGGAAUCUGUUCAGCAACGCCGAAAUCGAUCUGGAGCAGCUGCAGUCGAUGACCCAAAAUCCGAUGGUGAUGAAUACGAUUGGCCAGCUCUUCGCCAACAUGGGUCAGCCGAAUGCCGGAGCAGGCGGAGCUGCUCCUGGUGCCGGUGGUGCCCCUGGAGCUCCCGGCGGUGUCCCACCCCAGAUCCCGGCCAUGCCCAGCGACAUGCUGCAGCUGUUCCAAAGCUUCGCCACCCAACUGGUUGGCGCCCAGCCCAAUCCAAAUGCCAAUCCUGGCAAUGGACAGCAGCCGGGCAAUCAACCUCCGCCGAGCAUCUAGUGGGCAAGUAAACGUAGCCAGGAUCGGCGGCAACACAGAUUAAGUUUUUAAGCUGAAACUAUAAUUACUGUAUUUAUAAUGUUUAAAAGGCUUCUAUUACGCAAAUACAUAUAUAUUUUUAUUAAUGGUAAUAAAUAUAUACAUCAAAAGCAUUGCGUGGCCUUGCAAGAGCAA